UAACACCUAACAAACGAGCCCUUAGUGGGGACCAAUUCUUCAUGCUUCAAGUUAUCGUGCAGUGCAGACAAAAUUUCUUAUUCUUAAAAAGUCAACAAGGUUGUUGAUAAGGUUCUAAUCAACAGCUACUGAGAAGAAGAAGAUGGAGCAACAGCCUGUUAGAAAACCCAGGGUUCUCUGCCUCCAUGCUUUCAGAACAAGUGGGAAAAUCUUUGAAAAAAUGACUGAAGUAUGGCCGGAAUUCGUGAGGGAGAAGAUGGAUUUGGUGUUCAUCGACGCGCCGUUUCCGGCGGAAGGAGGAUCUGGUGUUCAGGGGAAGUUUGAUCCUCCCUAUUAUGAAUGGUUCCAGUUUAAUCAGGAUUUUUCGGAGUACAGGAAUUUUGAUGAGUGUAUUGCAUAUAUUGAGGACUGCAUGAUAAGGAUGGGACCAUUUGAUGGUUUAUUUGGUUUUUCCCAGGGAGCGAUAAUAGCCUCUGCAUUACCAGGGAUGCAGGCAGAGGGUGUGGCUCUCACCAGUGUUCCUGUGAUAAAGUUUGUAAUGCUAAUGUCAGGGAGUAAAUUGGGAGGGUCUAUGUUUUCUUCACCAAGGCUGGCUAAAAAUGCUUUCUCCUCUCCCAUUCAAUGCCCAUCACUCCACUUCUUAGGUGAGAAGGACGGAGCAAAGCCAAAUGGGAUUGAACUACUGGAUUCAUUUGUGGAUCCUUUGGUGAUACACCACCCUGAAGGUCAUGUGGUGCCUAAACUAGGUAUUGUUAUUCAAAAAUGCUACUUGCACAACCGUUAUGUUGGUUGUAUGUAUAAUUUUUAUCGUCCAGAUGUAUUUGGACGGUCUAGAUUUAAAAAAAAAAACUCUUUCAAGAAAAAUUUUAACUUUUAUGGGGAAAAGUUUAACUUUGAUGGGAAAGAGUUUGAACGAAUCAAGGUCAUUUAUAGCAGCAAUGGACGACUAGAAAUUGGUUGUGUGUGUGUUUCUCACUCCCCUGUUUCUAUAAAUACACUCCUUUUUUGUUUUCCUGUUUGUAAAUUUACAAUAGUAUCCUUCUGUAUGUAAAAAAAUGUUGGAAAAUGGAAUAUUCGUUUGGAUAUUUUGGUAAGCCUAAACAUAAACAAAAUCCAUUUUAACUAUGAAUGUGAAUUGGCUCAUUAUGGGAAUUGAAAAAACCAAGGGACGUGCGUGUGCUCGCCGUCACCAAAUACCUAGAUGAGACCAAGGCCGGGACUCAGGAUUCGUGGGCCCACACGACCUAUGGUUCGAGGUCUAUGGUCUGGUCUAGGUUGGUUUGGUAUUGAUUAUGCUUUAUUGGGUUUGAACCGCUCGCAUUUAGAUGGUUUAGUUAUAGAAUUAAUUGUGCAUGGCUAAUUAAUGUUUAAUUGGUUGAAUGCCCAAAAUAAAACCUACGAUUUAACUCUGUAAUCAAUUGCUGUAAUAGGUUUUUUUUUUCUUUUCCAGAAAAUUGAAUUUCCCAUGUCCAAUUUCGCCUAUUCAAAAUGCCUGUCAUAGGAUUAUUUAUCCUCCAUAAUUCUCUGUUUUAUUUUCCUCAUCAGAUGAGAAAGGCUCGGAGAUCAUGCUCGAGUUCCUCGAGAAGGUUCAGAAACAGCUGUAGAAAGGAGGUGAGAGAGAGGGGAUUAAAAAAGUGGUUUUUGGAUGUGACGAGAAUUUAUUAAUGUUUGAUGAUUGGCAUUUCCAUAAUAGCUCUGAUUUUCGCACUAAUUAAUGUUUGAUGAUUGGCAUUUCCAUAAUACCUCUGAUUUUCGCGAUC